AUGGACCUCCAAGACCUCCAAACCCGCCUCAACCUCUUUCUCGACCACGCGGCGACCACCUUCCAAAAGGUCCCCGGCAGCGCAGUCCUCAUCCGCUAUGUCAGGUCCAGCUACCAAAACGACCCCGUCAGAUCCGCCAUCGAGCUGGUGCUGGUCAUCUUCUUCAUCCGCUAUCUCCUCAGCCCAAGUUACUCGACCAGCAAGGUCAACUACGUCAAGCUCACCGAAGACGAAAUCGACGAACUAGUCGAAGAAUGGACCCCCGAACCCCUCGUCGCCCCUCUCACCCCCCUAGAAGAAACCUCGCUCGAGAAACUCCCCAUCCUCGUCGGCCCCUCGGGCCCCAAAUCCAAACUCUCCACCGGCAAAACCGUCACCAACCUCGCCUCAUACAACUUUUAUAACCUCAACGCCAACGAGCAAAUCAAGGAGAAAGCCAUCGCCACUCUUCGGACGUACGGCGUUGGGCCCUGCGGUCCUCCCCAGUUUUACGGAACGCAGGACGUGCACAUGAAGGCCGAGGCCGAUAUCGCGAGCUACCUAGGCACAGAGAAGUGCAUCGUCUACGCCCAGGCCUUUUCGGCGAUUUCGUCCGUGAUUCCCGCGUUUUGCAAACGCGGGGAUGUUAUCGUGGCUGACAGGGCGGUCAAUUACUCUAUUCGGAGAGGGUUGGAGAUCAGCAGGAGCAACAUCAGGUGGUACAACCACAACGACUUUGAGGACCUGGAGCAAGUCAUGAGGGGCGUUGUGGCGGAGCAGAAGAAGAAGGGCAAGCUGACCAGACGGUUUAUUGUCACCGAGGGACUGUUUGAGACGUGCGGGGAUAUGAAUAAUCUGCCCAAGCUGGUGGAGCUGAAGGAGAAGUACAAGUUUAGGAUUAUUCUGGACGAGACUUGGUCGUUUGGCGUGCUGGGGCGGACGGGGAGGGGGUUAACGGAGCAUCAGAAUGUUGAUCCGACGCAGAUUGACAUGAUCGUGGGGAGCUUGGCUGGGCCGCUGUGCGCGGGGGGUGGGUUUUGCGCGGGGGAUGGGGAUGUGGUUGAGCACCAGAGGAUCGCGGCGGCGGCGUACACCUUUUCUGCGGCGCUGCCGGCCAUGUUGGCCAUGACGGCGAGCGAGAGCUUGAAUGUGUUGCAGAGCAACCCCGAGAUUUUGGCGGGGUGCAGGGAGAAUGUCAGGUUGUUGAGGGGGCAGCUGGCCGAGGGGAGGAGCGAGUGGGUUGUCUGCACGAGCGCGGCGGAGAACCCGGUGCAGCUUUUGGUGUUGAGGGAGGAGGUGGUGAGGGCGAGGAGGUUGGAGUUGGAGGACCAGGAGAGGUUGCUGCAGGAGUGUGUGGAUGAGGCUCUUGCGAACGGGGUUUUGAUCACCAGGCUCAAGGGGAUGAGCAUUUCUACUCAUAACAGCCUGAAGGAUGGGAGCUGGAUUGUCCAGCCUGCGCUCAAGGUGUGUGUCACUUCGGGCUUGAGCAAGAAGGACAUCGAGAAGGCGGGGCAGACGAUCAGGCAUGCUAUUACCAAGGUUAUGACCAAGAAGGGGAAUAACAAGCUUAACUUGCCUGCUGCGUGA